AUGAACCCAACCGCCAGGCGCGUUGCGUCGCAUGUUUUCCGCAGGCCUCGUACCACAGCUAUUCCAAGAUGCACAAGACGAUGGAACUCAACAUUUGAACAGAGAGAAUGGUCAACACCAUUGGCCAAACAAUUGGCCAGUGUCAUGAAGGUCACUGGCCCCGUCCCCAUUGCAGCUUUCAUGCGACAGGUCCUGACCUCCCCGGAUGGCGGAUACUACACAACUCGAGGAGAGGGUGGGGGUGUUUUUGGCAAGAAUGGCGAUUUCGUUACUUCGCCUGAGAUCUCCCAGGUCUUUGGUGAGCUGAUUGGUAUAUGGACGGUGGCGGAGUGGAUGGCUCAGGGCCGUACAAGAAGUGGCGUCCAGCUCAUGGAGGUUGGUCCUGGAAAGGGAACUUUGAUGGACGACAUGCUGCGGACAUUCCGAAACUUCAAAAGCUUCUCCUCCAGCGUUGAAGCCAUAUAUCUGGUCGAGGCCAGUGGAACCCUCCGUGAGGUGCAAAAACGCCUGCUCUGCGGCGAGGAGGCUGCAAUGGAGGAGACUGAUAUCGGCCACCGGAGUAAAUGCAAGUAUUUCGAUGUGCCUAUUGUCUGGGUCGAGGAUAUUCGUCUUUUGCCACAAGAGGAGGGCAAGACACCUUUCAUCUUUGCACACGAAUUCUUUGAUGCACUGCCAAUCCAUGCAUUCGAGUCUGUUCCGCCAGCCCCAGAGAACCAGCAGACAUAUGAGCCUCGGAAAAUCAUGACCCCAACCGGUCCAGCAGAACUACAUAACCCACCUAAGGCUGCGAACACCCCGCAGUGGCGCGAGCUAAUGGUGACAUUAAACCCCAAGGCCGUGGAAGAGAACAUAGAAGGAGAGCCCGAGUUCCAAUUAACAAAGGCCAAAGCCUCCACUCCCUCUUCCCUGGUUAUUCCAGAGAUUUCUCAGCGCUACCGAGCACUCAAGUCUCAGGCGGGCUCAACUAUUGAGAUCAGCCCGGAGAGUCGAAUCUAUGCCGCAGACUUUGCGCGUCGGAUUGGUGGCAGUGCCUCCGCCGCAAACGCCUUGAAGAAGAACCCGGCUUCCAACACGGCUGCUCAAUUCAACAAGAAAACACCUUCAGGCGCAGCUCUUAUUAUGGACUACGGAACCCUGUCCACUAUUCCAAUCAACUCGCUCCGAGGAAUCAAGAGUCACGAGAAGGUGGCCCCUCUUUCAGAGCCUGGGCGCGUGGAUGUCAGUGCAGACGUGGAUUUCACCUCGCUGGCUGAAGCAGCCAUUGAAGGCAGUGAUGGCGUUGAGGUCCAUGGACCCGUUGAACAGGGUGAUUUCCUCGGUGCUAUGGGCAUCGAGGAGCGCAUGCGCCAACUUCUUCGUAAAGUGCCCGACGACGAGCACAGAAAGACGCUAGAGACUGGCUGGAAGCGUCUCGUGGAGAAGAAUGGCGGCUCCAUGGGCCAGAUCUACAAGGUCAUGGCCAUUCUUCCUGAAAAUGGUGGCAAGCGCCGACCUGUCGGGUUUGGCGGGGGUAUUUCUAUGUAA